CCCGAGGUGCGUUCAGUCAUGCACCCGAUGAAUUUUUAAUAUCACGGUUCGGUUUUCUCUAUUAUUUCACUGCUGAGAAAACUUUUUUCCCCCAGAAGGCUUCGUCACGAAUCCAUGGAACAUGGACACAGGCCCAGAGGUUGAAUUCGAAAAGGUAAAGUACCUGUUCGAUCGCAUCAGUUGGCCCCUAGGUGUCCUAGGCAUUUGGCCGAGAAAAAAAACAUUCUCCGGACAACUGAAGCUCACAAUAUUCCUCACAUAUUUCACCUGUCAUCUCUCCAUGCAAUUGCUCGAUCUCGCCACUGUCAUGGGGAGUCUUGAACUGGUGAUACUGAACCUAACGGAAACGGCCUUUCAAACAAUGGCAAUAUGUCGAAUAAUCAUAAUUCGUUUUGGUGAAACAACCGGUAAAAUCAUUGACGCAAUCGACGAGGAUGUAGUAAUCGAGAAUUUCAAGGAUCCCCAGGAGUUGCGGAUUCUCCAUCGGCGUUCGGCAAUGGCUGAAAAAUUUUAUCGCCUGGGAACCAAACUGGCAGCUGUCACUGCUCUCAUGUAUUAUAUGACACCACUGCAGACGUACCUCCUAACACGAAUGACGAAUGGCACAGCAGUCCUGGUGAAUCCCUACCGAAUUUAUCAUUUCAUCGAUCUGUCAUCGAUCGAGAGAGCUGCCAUCGUUUACGUCUGUCAAUUUCCAAUGAUGUACACAGGUAUAUCUUUCGUGACGUCUUACAGCAUUUUAUUGGCGAUUGUCAUGAACAUCAGCGCUCAACUUUCCAUCCUCACUCGUAGAGUAUCAACCAUGAAGAGUGAUAUCUCAGAUCCUCGUGAUUUUUUUCGUCGACACACCAGGCAACACAUCAAAAUAUUGCUGGUGGCCCAGUGGCUCAAUGACGCCUUUCAUCUGGCCCUCCUCUACGAUCUCUUCGCCACGACGAUUUUGUUAGGACUAAUUAUCUACCAAUUUUUACUACAUGUCGACGAGGCUGAUGCCUUCGGUGUUUUUGGAUUGGCAACAUAUAUCUUCUCGAUGACAGUAUUAGUGUUCACCAAUUGUUUCAUGGGGGAGUGUUUGAACGAUGAGUGUGCUGCACUCCUGAAUGCCUACUACGAGUGCAACUGGUACGAGAUGUCACCUUUCUGCAAGAAAGCAUUGAUUAUAUGUAUGGAAACGACUCAAGAGCCCAUACGACUGACGGCAGAUCAUGAAAUCAUCGAUGGUGUACGUGUCAAUGCUACGGACAAUGAUUUAAUGUCGAAUAGAUAUAAUUGUUGCACAAAAAAUUGCAUGGGAAAUGUGGAAAAUAUUUUAAUUUUACGAAAAAUAUAG